GCACUCGCCGCGACAUUCGAUUAUCAAGGAGGUUUUUGAGCUUGGAAUGUAUUCUUCGCAGCAUGCCAAUAUGGCUGCCGCUUCGCAAAAACCCGAGACCUUCAUGCUGAGCACUGAGGCCCAGCAAGCUCUUCCACAUGAUGCCCAGGUAGCUCUGCAGCAGGUUGACAACCUCAAGUAUUUCCUCAUUUCCGCGCCCGUCGACUGGCAACCAGACCAAUACAUCCGGAGGUUCCUUCUACCCACUGGCGAGUAUGUGUCUUGUGUGCUAUGGAACAACCUCUUCCACAUCUCCGGUACCGACAUUGUGAGAUGUCUGUCGUUCCGAUUCCAGGCCUUCGGCCGUCCCGUGAAGAACUCGAAGAAGUUUGAGGAAGGUAUCUUCUCGGACUUGCGCAAUCUGAAGGCGGGAAGCGAUGCCUCCCUCGAGGAGCCCAAGAGCCCUUUCUUGGACUUCCUGUACAAGAAUAACUGCAUCCGAACGCAGAAGAAGCAAAAGGUGUUCUUCUGGUACAGUGUGCCCCACGACAGGCUCUUCCUUGAUGCGCUCGAGAGAGACCUCAAGAGAGAGAAGAUGGGCCAGGAAGCGACAACAGUUGCCGUUAGCGAGCCUGCCUUGUCCUUCCAGUACGAUUCUUCUCAGUCGCUCUUCGAGUCUCUUACCAAGGCCCAGCAGGCCAACUCGUCCUCUUUUCCGGCCCAGCAACUCGCCUUUCAGUCCCAGUCCACCUCGCCCAUCUUGCGCGCCGCCGACUCGAUGCCUCCCCCUCAAAUGAUGCAGCCGAUGCCAUCGCAGAUGAUGCAGCCAAUGGGGCAGAACAUGGGACAGCAAAUGUCUCAAACCAUGUCCCAGUCAAUGGCCCCUUUGUCCGAUGGUCUGGAGGCCAUGGUCUCUUACGGAGCGAUGACCAUGGGACCCGCGAUGACCUGCCCUCAGCCAAUGGUCAAGCGGGAACCCGAUUAUGGUCGUGUUCAGUAUACCCAGAAUGGUGUGCCCAUCACGCAGGUACACCAGCGACACACUUCCAUGCCUGCGUAUGGCUUGGAGUGCUCGCCUGCCCCAUCGUUCGUCUCGUCGCAUUUUGAGGACUAUAGCCAGAGAGGACUCUCCUUUGAGCCCUUGACGCCUCCUCACCAGCAAAUGGGCGUCAUCGGCGAGCCCGCUUAUAUCGCCAAUGAGGAGACCGGUCUCUAUACUGCCAUUCCCGAUCACCUUAACGCUGGUGCCCUCAAUGGCAUGAUGCAGCUUCCGCCAUCCAACCUCGCGGCCCCAUCAUACCCCCGCUCGUACGCGUCUAGCAGCAUAUCUCAAGACCAUGCCAGAGGGUACUCUCCCAUGGCCGCCUACACAGUCAUCGAGGGGUCACCCACAUAUAAGCAGAGGAGGAGGCGCUCUUCCAUUCCCCCAUCAGUUCUGUCUGCCACGACAGCAAUUGCCGCGGGUACUCCUGGGUUGUACAAGCCCUCGGAUCUGCGGAGGUCCGUGUCUGCCUCUGUCGGUGCCGUGGCCGAGGGUGAUGAGUCUGCGGACAACUCUCCCCCUGGGUUGACGUACAGCAACCCUGCCAUCAACAUGGCCCGCCAGCAGCACCACGAGAUGCUCGAGCUUUCGAGGCACGGUACUCCCCUGUCCACCGUCGAGGGCAGCCCUGCGCUCAACCCCAUGAAUAUAUCCAUGGGUCAGAGCUACGGCCCCCUCAACGAUGACGAACUUGUUCCCAUGAGCGAGCGACAGAUGUCCCAGGGCCACCCCGGCGUAAUCCGUCGCGCGCGUUCUGCCACGGUUUCGGAGCUUGGUCCUUAUCCUCAGAAGUCGCACUCUUGCCCCAUUCCCUCAUGCGGUCGUGUCUUCAAGCGUUUGGAGCACCUUAAGAGACAUGUAAGAACACAUACACAAGAGAGACCUUACGUCUGUUCAUACUGCCAGAAGGCCUUCUCCCGAUCAGAUAACCUAGCACAGCACAAGCGUACACACGAUCGCGGCGACGGUUCUGAGGGUACUUCGAACCUCUCUGGAGAGGAGGAAGAGGAGUACUCUUCGCCAACAUCUGAGGGUGGCUACGUCCACGCCUCAGGAGCACCCAGCAAUGGCAACAGCUCAACACCCCAGUCAACCAUGUACAACAACCUCCAGACUUUGAGCAUGCCCAUGACAAUAAGCGAGCCCCAGCCGAUUAACACAGGCGAGAUGAUGCGAAACGAGCUAGAUUUUUAGGAUUUGAGCAGUUUUCUGGGCAAGAACUGACUAUGUAUGUGUGUUGUUUGUACAAUCAAAACCACCGGUGGUCAUGACGGAGCGUUUCAUGUUUGGCUUUGGUCUGUUUUUGUUAUAUAUCCGGAUGGGCUUGGGGGAUUAGGUCUGUCAACAUCACGGCUUAUGAAUCUACCUUGUGUCAAUAAAGGCGUAAGACUAGAUUUUCUCAUUUAUUACUUCUUGUUUCUCUGGUCGGAUGGCUAUCCAUGAUCAAAGUGGGAAGGGGUCCUUUGCAGGUUCAGUAGAAAAACCUCAACAAAGACCUUGCAUUUUGUUGUCAUUUUAUUAUUCCAACCUUUGUCUCGAUUGAGACUUUUCACUUUUUGUUUUUAUUUCCCUUUGUGUCAUGCCUCUUAGUCAUGAGAAACAUGACACUUGGAAACAUGAAUAUGAACGAACAUUUGUUGUCCGCAUGCUUGACCGCUUAUUUAGGCGUGAUGUAUUUUAUGAAAGGACGAACUCGAUACCUGUCGUGAUAGAGGCUUGGUAGAAAUAAGCGAGCUCACCUUCGG